AUGGCGCACUCCGUCGAGCCUGGGCCUGCCGGGCCCGUUCCUUUCCAAAGGGCCACCAAUACCAACAAAGAAACCAUCUCCAUGGUCGAGAACGUUGGAGGCUCCGGCUGCUCCGGCGAAGACAAAGACAAAGAGGCGGGUCCUGGCGUUGGCGUCGGCGUCACGUUCGGCGGUGACGACGCAGAACCUAUCGACAAGGCAGUCGAGCGUCGACUGAAGCGGAAGUUGGACUUUGUUAUCCUACCGGCCCUGUCAAUUGUCUAUUUUCUCAGCGCCAUGGCACGAUCUGAUCUCGGCAAUGCCAAAGUCGCCGGCCUCGAACAAAGCAUUCCCUUGACCGCACGACAAUACUCCAACAUCUCCAGCAGUUUCCUCGCUGGAUAUGUCGUCUUCCAACUCCCGGGAACGGUGCUUAUCAAGAAAAUCGGCCCUCCCUUUCAAUUCGCCGGUGCCAUGUUACUGUGGGGAGCCGUCACAACCGCUUUGGUGGCAUGCACUUCCUACAGCGACCUGAUGGGACUCCGCUUCCUGGUUGGGGCUGCUGAGGCUUACGUUCAAGGAUCGACUCUGUAUUUGAGCUUCUGGUAUACAUAUCCUGAGCUGGUGACUCGUGGAGCAAUCAUCUACAGUACAUCGGCACUUGCUGGAGCCUUCAACGGACUGAUCGCGUACGGCAUCCAGGAGAAUCUCGCCCACAAAGCCCCGUGGAAGCCGUGGCAGUGGCUCUUCAUUAUCGAGGGAAUCAUCCCGAUGGUCUAUUCCUUGAUUGUCCUGGCUGUACUACCUGCCACUCCCGACCGAGGCCAGUGGUUGUUCACCAGGGAAGAGAUCGAGGUCGCUCGAAAACGCAGUCGAGCCACUCACAACCACGCCGACCAAAGGCUACGAGUCAACCUCCUCUGGAAACCUCUGAUCGACCCCAAGUUCUGGCUGAAUGCUGUCAUGUACUCCUGUGCACACUUUGCUUCCGGUUCCUUGCCGAACUUCCUGCCGGCCAUCAUCAGGGGGUUCGGCUACACAUCGAUCAAGGCCCAGCUGAUGAGCGUCGUUGUUUAUGCAUGUUCAUUCGUGUCAAUCUUAUUCUGGGCCUUCCUGGGAGAGAGAUACAAUCGCCGUGGCUACCCGAUCGCCGCUUGCUCCUUGGUCGGAGCCAUCGGAUUUCUCCUCCUCAUCACAUUGACGGAAAACAAAGUCAGGAUGUUUGCGGCUUGUCUGAUGGUUGCUGGCGUGUUUCCGGCCAUACCAUUGAUUCUGUCAUGGACCACCGCCAAUAUCGCCGGAUAUACCAAGAGGAGUGCAGCCAUAGCCAUGGUCAAUAUAGUCGCACAAUGUACUGGCAUUGGCGGAAACCAGGCAUAUAGCGAUCCCCCCAUCUAUCGAAAAGGAAAUGCCUCAGCAAUGGCAUUGUGUUUCCUGCUCGGCGUUUGUGCAUUGGCGCAGAUCUGGUAUGCGAAAUACCUGAAUAAGAAGAAAGCAGCCUUGAAGGCAAGCCUGAGUCCAGAGGAGCUGCAACGGCUCAGGGAUGGUCAGGUCUUUGACAUUGUAGGCGACGAGCACAUUGACUUUGUCUAUUUGCUGUAG